AAGCGAAAAUGUCGACGCCAUCGUGUCAUCGAAGACACGAAGACGUUAUCGGCUUACCCUAAUCGCUUUCUCUUCUCCACCGUGUUGCCUUGCCACCGGCUUUUCCAAACCCUAUAAUCCGAUCCUGACAGCCUGCCUCCUCGCAAUCCUUCCAACGAUUUACAAGUUGUUGAUAUAUUUUCAGAGAAUCAUCUCCCUGGAUCCCAAUUUUUGUUUCGAGGCCUUGUAAAAAUAUCAAUUUUAUUGUCCCUAGCAAGCUGCAGCAGUUCGCGCAUUUGUUUUGCGCAUCAAUUCGUGUGUUUUGGUUCAUCGCCGGACGGUUGGAUUCGAUUUGAGGCAGAUAUCAAGAGUGAAGACUGGAUCUGUCUCGGCUCGGCGAUAAGAAGAGAUGGUUGGAGGCGGAAACAGGAGGGACGAUGGGCAGUUGAAGAUCAAUAGCACCAACGUUUUCGCGGCGCUCGAGACUCUCAAGAAGAAGAAGAAGUCGGACAAGGACUUGAAGGGCAAGGGUGCGUCUAAGAGCCAAGGGAAGGAGCAGGAGAAGCAAGUGUUUUGGGCGCCGGCGCCUCUUACGUCCAAGUCCUGGGCUGAUGUUGGCGAUGAUGACGAUGAUGAUUACUAUGCCACAACGGCGCCGCCGCAAGCUGUAUGGGGUGUGUCGGAGCAGAAGCACAAAAAGGAGGUUGAAGCCACCAUAGAGGAGGAAAGUGAAAGUGAGGAUGAUGGUCUUGAUAUUGGUGAUGAUGAUGUUGAGGAACUUGAAAAUGAACCCGAGGAGACCGUUGCGAAAGAACCAACCAUUGAGAAAGUUGCUCCUGUUCCAGUACCACCCAAAGAUGCUGAAAGGCAACUGUCAAAGAAAGAGCUUAAGAAAAAGGAAAUGGCAGAGCUGGAUGCACUUCUACAUGAGCUUGGCAUUGAGAAUAAAGAUAUUACUACUUCACAAGACGAGAUGGCUGACAAGAAGCAACCGGAGCAAAGUAGUGAGGGGGAUAGGAAGGAAAUUGUGGGCGUUCCUUCAGAAACCAAAAACUUAAAGAAAAAGAAAUCCAAGAAAGAAAAAUCAUCCAAGGACAGCAAGGAACAGGAGGAGCAAGAUCAGAAUGGCAGCAAGAACCUAGAUAAAGGAGAUGGCGAGGCUGAAGAGGUGGAUGCUUCUGCAGUUGACGUAAAGGAAAGAAUAAAGAAGGCAGCCUCCAUGAGGAAGAAGAAAUCAAGCAAAGAGAUGGAUACCGCCGCAAGAGCUGCAGCCGUUGAGGCUGCUGCGCGAAGUGCUAAACUUGCUGCUGCUAAAAAGAAAGAGAAGAAUCACUACAAUCAACAGCCAGUGCGGUAAUUGUUUUGUUCUCAACUGCUUCAUGUGCUGGUAUCUGUUUGGUAAACUCCAAAAAUAAAACAUUGCAAUGUUUGUUUCUCGGAUGACCCGGACUUGUUCCUGACGUAUCGACCUCAUAUGUACUUCGACAUUCUCUUUUCGGUUGUCAUGACACAAUUUAUUUUACCGCUAUGAUAAUGAGAAAUUGAUGGGCAUGUGCUUUAUCUCCA